AUGUCCUGCAUCUGGAGACCUGUCUGGAUACCUGGGUCCAUCUGCAUUUCAUCUCUAAUGUUUAUGAGGGACCCACUCAGUAAGAAUGAAUGUUCAUGCACAUUUCGUGAAAUUUGUCUACAUGAAGGAGUGACAUUUGAGGUUCACGUGAAUACCAGUCAAAGAGGAUUUCAGCAAAAACUGCUUUAUCCAAACUCAGGAAGGGAGGGUACCGCUGCUCAGAAUUUCUCCUGUUUCAUCUACAAUGUGGAUUUCCUGAACUGCACCUGGGCGAGGGGUCCGACGGCCCCCCGUGACGUCCAGUAUUUUUUCUACAUACAAAACUCAAAGAGAAAGAAGGAGAUCUGGUGUCCUUAUUACAUACAAGACUCGGGAACCCAUGUGGGAUGUCACCUGCAUAACCUGUCAGGAUUAACAUCUCGCAAUUACUUUCUGGUUAACGGAACCAGCCGAGAAAUUGGCAUCCAAUUCUUCGAUUCACUUUUGGACACAAAGAAAAUAGAACGAUUCAACCCUCCCGGCAAUGUCACUGUACGUUGCAACACGACGCACUGCCUCAUAUGGUGGAAACAGCCCAGGACCUAUCAGAAGCUGUCGUACCUGGACUUUCAGUACCAGCUGGCCGUCCACAGAAAGAAUACCCAGCCUGGCACGGAAAACCUACUGAUUAAUGUUUCUGGUGAUUUGGAAAAUAGAUACAACUUUCCAAGCUCUGAGCCCAGAGCGGAACAUAGCGUGAAGAUCAGAGCUGCAGACGUCCGUAUCCUGAACUGGAGUUCCUGGAGUGAAGCCACUGAAUUUGGCUCUGACGACAGAAACCUCAGCUCUGUGUACACUUACGUGCUCCUGAUCCUGGGAACCCUUCUCUGUGGCCUCGUCCUCGGCUUCCUCUUUAAAAGGUUCCUUAGGGUACAGCGACUGUUCUCGCCAGUUCCACAGAUCAAAGACAAACUGAAUGAUAACCAUGAGGUGGAAGAUGAGAUCAUCUGGGAGGAAUUCACCCCAGAGGAAGGGAAAGGCUACCGCGAAGAGGUCUUGACCGUGAAGGAAAUUACCUGAGACCCAGAGGGUGUAGGAAUGGCGUGGA